CCCAUCGAUAGCGGUGUGUGUUCAGCGCGACUUUUCGAAAGCAACGCGCGAAUCCGUCACGUGAAUCUUAUGUAUGGUGUAUCGUCAAGAGGUUCGCAGUCAAGUGACUAGUGCAACAGUCAAGAGUAAAGUGUACUGUGCGAACUCGAGACUUUAGCGAGAUCUACACUCGUUAUACUUUUGUGAGCGUUCAGCUGUACUUUGCUGAUUUUGUCGUUACUUUGCGAAUGCUCUUGGGAAGUUCGAGAGCUGAAGGUAAACGGAAUCAGCCAGUGGUGCGAUGGCAAGUUGGGCGGACUAACUAACGGGUCGACUCGCGGAAUGCCGAGGAUAUGAUUGUUCAGAUUUAUGAAGGAAGGUGACAAGCUGAGUCCUCAGCUUCGCAAUCAUCACCAUGCAUAUUAUCUUGCUUUUAGCAACUCUAUUCUUAGAGGUGCAGCUCUACUUUCCAGAAGCACAAGCAAAACAAGAUACAAACGCAAACAACGUUAUGUCAGUCGAAGAAAAAGGAUACCGAUUGGAGCAAGAAAUUCCAGGAAUGGUCAAAGACGUUUUAGCACAAAAAGGGGGCACUGCGACACUUCCCUGCAAAGUACGAAAUACCGGAGCAGGAAUUGUCACAUGGGUCCGACGUAAAGACAGGCAAUUGCUAACUGUCGGCCAGGACACUCACUCAGUUGACAAAAGAUUUAUGGUGAAGCACGUGAACUCCGAGUGGUCGCUGUUGAUACAAAAAGUCACCCACGAAGAUGCUGGUCUCUACGAAUGUCAGGUGGCUUCAUUGCCAGUACAACAAUACUUUGUAAGACUAAGUAUAACGGAGGCAUAUUCGGUGAUUCCUGGUGCUCCAGAUUUGCACGUAAAGCAAGGUUCGAAUCUACGUCUCGAGUGCCAGUUGAUGUCUGCAACCGAGGCACCGCUAUACGUAUUUUGGUAUAGAAACGCGCGGAUGAUUAAUUACGAUUCCGAGCCUGGCGUACGGGUCGACUUGACGAAAACCGGCUCGGUACUCGAGGUCGAGAAGACUCAACUAACUCAUGGCGGUAACUAUACUUGCGCGCCAAGUAAUGCCAAAGAGGCCUACGUUAUGGUACAUGUUAUCGAAGAGGAGGAGAAGCCCGCGGCGAUGCACGGCGGUGACCGGCGCAACUUGAGUCCGGCAAUUUUGGCGAGCAACUUUCUCGUCUCGUUGCUGGCGGCCGUCAGCUGGAGGAUACCCAGUUUCACGAGCCUCUACCCCACGUGAGCUGCCCGCCAAUCGGCUCCUCGACUCGUCGUUGUCGCCUAAUAACCGCAAUUACGCCAAGAGACACCCAGAGAAGGAGAUGCAGGAGAAACCGCUUACCUAUCUGAAGGAACUCUGUGCGUACAUGCGUGUGUGACUGUGAGUGGGUGUCGAACAUGCCUAAGUGUAUUUCUGUGUGUUAUACUGCCAGAAUGAGGAAUUGAUGAUUAUCCAGGGCUUGUAUGCGGUUUGCAUAUCAUCCCAAGACCGAGUCGGCGGCCUCUCCCCGUUUCUUAUUUAGCAUAUUUUCGGAUGCUACGUGUGAUCAUAAACUAUUUAUGCCUGUGUAUAUCCAAUCCGAUAUACACACAUAUUCUAAAAAUACGUAUAAUAUUAUUGAUGAAUAUUAUUAAUAAGUUUUUUUCUAUUGUCAGUGUGUGUGUCGUUUUAGUAUUAUUUUACGCGUUUCCUAUUAAUCUUUCGUAUGAAACUUAUCAUUUUGUCUGUACAAAUGGAAAGGCUUAUUGAAGCGCAUGUAUAGAUAUAUAGUUAGGAUAAAUUUCUUCAAUAUUUGGUGUUGUUAUGUUAAUAUCAUGCUGUGUUUCGUCAAAAUAUUAUAUAACUCUAGCAUUUGUUACAUUAUCGCAAGUAAUUCUACUCCAACGCGAAACACGAUAUUUUUUAUGUAUUGUACAUACGAUGAUUAUUUUAAAAAACACGGUAACUGUGAAUAUAAUAUACGUACAUUUUUUAAAUUACUUGGAUGAAGUUGUGGUCGUACGUUAUAAUGAUUAAGAAUCUAAUCUAAUUGCAUUAUAAUCCUUUCAGAAUGUAGCGAGCAAUCAAGAAAAUUUAAUUAAAUACAAUUAACACAAAGACACAGGCAAGAGCACGAAGUAUAAGCUAUCUACAUUUAAGAUUGUGCAACUAUGAAUGUUAAAUUUUGUAUGCACUUAAGACAGCCAAUAUAAGUCAUAGUAUUGAUAAAUAUUUUUGGCGUUCAAACAUGAAAUAGAUAUCAUUUUAAAGUCUAAUAAUACAUUUCCCAUGAACUAAAUUGAAAUCAAUGCCCGUGCAACAGCGAUUCCGCGUCACUUUUUAUGUAUAAACAAUAUUCAUGCAUCAUACGUAAAUACAUGGAAGAAUUCCGAUGAAAGUGUAUAAACAGCCUAUCUAUUUAACUGGGACGUGUAAAAAGAAGUAUAACAAAUCUUGAAAAUACAAUUACUCGCAAUUUUAAUAAUUUGAAAAUAGGAAAUCGGUUUGCAACUCUCACGUGUUCAGGAGACAAUUAUUAUCGAUUCGAGUUGCAUUUUAAUGAAUUCGGAUAUUAGUGCCAAAUCAAGUAUACUACUCGCUUUGAAUAUCCAUCAUUGACGCAAUAAAAAUCGACACAAGUGACAAAUCUCUUGAACAAAAUCUAAUUUCAAACGAUAUCAUUCGAUGACUGAAAUUUCGCGCUCGUACAGUAUCACUCUUAGUUGUGAAAUUACCUAUCAAAAUUGCAUCACUCUAUAAGAAUUUUUCUAUAUCAGAUGAAUUAUGUAGUUUCAAAUCACAAAAUCACGAAACAAACACGCGCAUAAUUAUCCACUGUAACCAUAAACAAGUCAUUUCGCGCUGGCGUCUCGUCUUCGGCACAGAAUCAGAUCUUGUGGUUCAAUUAGUUACUGCUUGGCCGAGCGACAACUCAAUACUGCGAAUGUGGUACAAUUAGUUACAUGUUAAACUGUAUAAAUUGGAGAAGUCGAGCGUGUAACCUAGUGGUUCCAAUUUUUAUACGCACGAAAGUAUCGCUACAACAAAGUAAUCGAAAUCAUUGAAUAUUGAACAAUGUUUAUUUAACAUUCAAGUUUAUCUAAAUUGAAAAGAACAUCAUCGAAGAAAAAUAGCCUCGGGCACUUUGUGAGAAAAAAUUCACAGUCAAUUGAUUUUGCCAGCAUGGCUUGGUAAAUUAAAUUGCUUUCCUAUUUUCCAUGGCACUUUCACGCACGACUUUUCCAAUUUAGAUCAGUUGAAAGCUGAAUCAGCCAAUACAAACGCAAAGAAAGAUAAAAAGACGCUAUAAAUCUGUGCGCGUGAGUAAAGCCCAGAGGCAAUGGAAGAGUAAAGCUAAGACAGAGAAAAAGAAGCGUAGAGCUUAUCGAGGCGCGCAGUCGCGAGCGCGAAUUGACAUAUAAUCGAUGUUGAAUUCACUUCGACACACAGUUAAAAAAUGAUGUUGUAGGAAAAAAUGUACCUAUCCUCAGCAUUUCAUAUUGUUUCUCUUGUAAAUACAAUUUUUCCAGGCGGGACAGAUACAAUUUUAAACUGAAUGUUGAUAGUUAAGACGAUCCGUUGUCUCGUUAUUUCGCAAAAGUGAGAAGUACUUUUUAUGAAGACUAUUGUUCGGAAACUUGGACUUAUUUCUUUUCUUAAACAAUAUGCUUGUUCGGCGUCAGUUUACGAAACGAAUCCAAAUAUUUUUGGUGCAAUAGUUUAACUUUAUGCAGACAUCUCUAAAGGCAAGUUAUGUUAUUAUAUUCCAUUUCGGAAACUCGAUUUCGAUAGCGAUAAAGGUAUUGAAGCUUUAUUUCAUAUGCUAUUUGAAAGCUAUAUAUAUAUAUUUUUACUUUAACGCAUUAUAUAAUUUACAAAAGUAUAAAACAAAGUCAAGCUCGUAUCGUGAAAUUAAAGGAGCUACAUGGAUUAGCAAAAUUGAAAAAUAUCGGGUAUAUUUAAGUCAUUGCAGAUACGUUCGACUUGUAUAAUAUUAAUUAUUUUCACAACAUUACUUUCAUUAUACAUCGUAAAUUGUUUUUACUGUCUUAUAAGAUUAUUAUCGGUUUUACUUCUAUGUAGCGUUUACGAAAAAAAAGAUUAAUAUUGUGAAUUAUGAUUAAAAUGUGAAGAUUGAUGCUACGAAUAUACGUAUCUAAGUGAAUUUGUCAUCGUCGAAAGACUUAUUAAUUGAUUACAGGAAGUUAAAAGAAGAAUAUUCAAUAAAUGGUAAGAAUAUUA